AUGCCCGAAACACUCGCUAAUCCAUUCCCCUCACCCUCUUUCGAAAACCCAACUUCUAACCCAAAACUCGAACCGUCAACGGCCAUAAGGGAGGUAACAGAUGGCAGCCUAAAAUAUACACUCGAGCUCGGAAACAAUGACUCGCCGCCAUCCUACCAAGAAGCAUCCGGCGCCCCCGUUGAGCGGCACUCACCGCUCGGAUAUGAAGUCGGGGCCGCGACAAUUAUCUUCCUCAAUGUGAGCAAGAUGAUUGGAACGGGGAUUUACUCGACACCGAGUCCCAUCCUUAAGGGAACCGGCUCCGUCGGCCUAAGCAUGAUCUACUGGUUUCUCGGCUUCCUCCUCUCGCUUGCUUCACUCUGCGUCUACCUCGAGUACGCAGCAUACUUCCCUAACCGGUCUGGAUCAGAGGUCGUGUACCUGGAACAAGCGUAUCCAAGGCCGAAGUGGCUUAUCCCAACGGCGUUCGCAUUCCAGAGUGUGGCGCUGUCGUUUAGCAGUGCGAAUACCAUCGUCCUGGCUCGCUAUCUCUUCCGCAUAAGCGGGCACACCCCAACCGACUGGCAACUCAUAGGCGUCGCCGUGGCAGGCUACACCCUGGCAACACUCUGUAAACCCUCCCCCCCCCUUCCCGAUAUUCCCCCUUCCUACACAAUUCUCCCAUUAACCCUGCUUCACGAAGUCGUAAUCUUCCAUACGCGCUUCUCCUACCGCAUCUCCAACGCAAUCGGCAUCAUCAAAGUUCUCACUCUCAUUUUCAUCUCCAUCACCGGGUUCGUCGUGCUGGGCGGGCAUGUCAAAGCUGUCUCAGAUCCAAAAGCCAACUUUGUCGAUGCUUUUGUGGGACGCGCAACACCGUAUGGGUUGCCGAACGCAUUGUACAGGAUUAUUUUCUCUUAUACUGGGUUUGAGAAUGCGUUUAAUGUUGUUAACGAGAAUCCCGUCAAACAACUCCGGCGCAAUGGCUUCCUCUCCCUGACCAUCGUGGCCAUACUCUACGUCCUUGCGAACAUAGCUUACUUCAGCGCAAUCCCGAAAGAUGAGCUUCGCGAAGCCCGCGAAAUUGCAGCAAGCCUGUUCUUUCAGAGGGUAUUUGGCUCUAGCAAUGCAGUUCGCGGGCUUAACUUUCUCAUUGCACUCAGUUCCUUCGGGAAUUUGCUCGCUGUUCUGUUGGGCUCGUCUAGGAUGCUAAGAGAAUGUGGAAGACAAGGCGUUCUCCCUUUCCCCUCCUUCUGGGCAUCGACCCGCCCUUUCAACACCCCCCUCGGCCCCUACCUCACCAAGUACACCUUAACAGUCCUCAUGAUCCUGGCCCCUCCGGCCGGUGACGCCUUCAACUUCGUCACCGACCUACAAGUCUUCCCAAGUGCAUUCUUCAGCGUCCUUAUGGCAGUCGGGCUGUACGUCGUGCGCUACCGACGUAAGAGGCUGGGUCUUACGCGCAAGGACACCCAGUUCUGGGCAUGGGAUGUCGUGGUAGUGUUUAACAUCUUCGUUAAUUUGUAUCUGCUCGUCAUGCCGUGGUACCCGCCCGAAAAGGGACAGGGAGAUCUUCCUCCUUCUCUCCCCUACACUGCUCACGGUCGGAAAACUGACAAGACCAGCAUCAUCGGCUGCGGCGUCUAUUACUACCUAUGGAUCUGGGCGAUUCCCAGGCUACGGGGGUACUGCAUCCGCCAAGAGACGCUGGCAUUGGAGAAUGGAGCGCAGAGCCAUCGGCUGGCGAAGGUACCUGUUGCUGAGGUGGCACAAUGGGAUGCAACCCAUGAUGCAGUCGGCCGUUCAAUUGGCACCCAGGCGGGUAGCUCAUCGGGGUCUGGACCUAUGACUGGAUUGGAAGAACAACGUUGA